CUGUUGUUUCAAGCAAAAAAGAAAACAUUAAACAGGAUUAGUCCAAGGAUGAAAGAGAUGGAGGAGGCACAACAUGAUCAGCACGACAAAUCUAGAGUUGUGAACAUUGACUCUGUUCAAUCCUGGGAUUUCUAUUUCAACCAAGCUACAAAUCAAGGCUGCCCCAUUGUUGUACACUUCACUGCUUCAUGGUGUAUGCCUUCGGUGGCCAUGAACCCUUUUUUCGAAGAACUGGCCUCAACUUUCCAACAUGUUCUGUUCCUCUCUGUCGAUGUCGAUGAUGUUAAGGAGGUGGCAAAGAGGAUGGAGAUAAAGGCCAUGCCGACGUUUUUGUUGAUGAGGGAAGAUGCGGUGGUCGACAAGUUCGUCGGUGCGAAUCCGGAAGAGAUGAGGAAAAGGGUUGAUGGGUUUGUGCAAUCCAUGGGUGUUGAUGCUGCAUAGUAUAUCAUUGAACAUGUAAAACGUAUGGUGGUUGGUGUUUGUCUUGUAAGAAAGGGUGUCUUUCAAGCACAUAUGUUGUUUUGGUGAUUGUGUUCGCCAUCGGAGUUGUUGCAUUGUUCCAUCGUGUCGAUGUGUUCCUCAAUCUUCGUCCUGUUGACAAUUC